GUAUUCUGGAUGUUUCAGAGUCUUUCAGCAAUGGGGCUGGUAGUUGUCAGUUGUGUAGGACUGUUGCUGCUUGUUGCAGUUGGCUCGUCUUUGGCACAGUGGUCAGGGUUUCAACAAAGCCAGGAUCCAUUAAGAUUACUACUACAACAACAAUCACCAGUUUUAGCUUCUCAGCAAGCUCUCCAAGAGUCACAGCUACCAACUUCUCUGAGACCUGACACACACCCUGGUGGGGCAAAUCAAUGGAAGCUUCAAGAUCCUGGAAGUAGUCAGUCUAAACAGCUAAUGGAGGCUCCUUUGGUACCUUUGACCUGGCAUUUUCCUGUAGUGCCUGAAGAACCCCAACAACCAGAUGUGCCUUUUGAGCUGCGUGUACCCGUAGCCGCUGAGAGUAUUGCAGCACAAUGUGGGGAGAGCUUUGUGCAUGUGGAAGUUAAGAAGGACUUCUUCGGCACUGGUCAGUUGGUGAAUCCUUCAUUCCUCACUUUGGGAGGUUGUGCAGCUGUAGGGGAAGAUCCAACAACUCAAGUCCUUAUCUUUGAGUAUGAGCUCCAGGCAUGCAGCAGCUCUCUGAUGAUGACUGAUGAUGAGCUGGUGUAUAAAUUCACCCUCUUCUACACACCUGAGGCUUUAGUAGGAACUCCCAUUGUAAGAACUGAUGCAGCGGCUGUUGGUAUUGAGUGCCACUAUUCAAGGCUGCACAAUGUUAGCAGUAAUGUUCUGAUGCCCAAUUGGGUUCCUUUUGCUGCUACAAAGGUUGCAGAGGAAGUUCUGGUGUUUUCCUUAAAGCUCAUGACUGAUGAUUGGAUGUUUGAGAGGCCGUCCAAUCAGUUCUUCUUGGGACAAUUUCUGACUUUUGAAGCUUCUGUGAAGCAGUUCAACCACGUUCCUCUGCGACUCUUUGUAGAUGGUUGUGUUGCUACCGCAGUCCCUGAUGUGAAUGCUUCUCCAAGUUAUUCCUUUAUUGAGAACCAUGGGUGCCUGGUUGAUGCAAAGAUUACAGGAUCUACUUCUGGUUUUAUGCACCGAGUUCAGAAUGACAAACUACACUUUCGCUUGGAGUCUUUCAGAUUCCAGCAAACGAAUAGUGGUUUGGUAUAUGUCACAUGUUCUUUGAGGGCAGUUAUGGCUUCAACCCCCAUAAGUGCAGAGAACAAGGCUUGUUCCUUUGCCAAUGGAUGGUUUUCUGCAGAUGACAAUGACCAGAUGUGCACGUGCUGUGACUCCACAUGUGGCUUCAGCAGGAAAGGGCGAGCACUUCCUGAUUCAGGCCUUGUUUCAGAAGGGAAAGCAACAGUUGGCCCCAUUGUAGUCACCGAACCUCAAUUGCAAGUGUCUAAUAAAGAGCUGGAAUGAA